GCAUGUUUACAUUUCCCCUUGCCUGCGGUCUCUUUAUCAGGCAAUGGGUUUGUUCUGCAUCUAGUAUAAAGUACAUGAGCGCGGGUUUCACACACACAUGCACUGCACACAUGCUGUGAGCUCAGGAUGACACAGACCAGUACAGUAUUGAGCAUUUUCGUCUUGUUUCUUCACACCACUUUUGGGGAAAGUGGUUGCACCUCAGCAGAUGGUGAUGGGACUUCUGGAGAUGAUGAACCAGACAGUUUAGACAUCGACUGCUUCAGCCAGCUGGAAUUUAAGGAUUCCUAUAGCAGCCUGACCUGCAAUUUUACAGAGCUGCCCCCUCACAACACUAACUAUACCCUGGCCCUGUGCACCAAGGAAGACAGCAAUUACGUGUGCUUCAAUAUGAAGAAACGGGAAGAAGCAUAUUUCCUACAGUUCACUGAUAUACUCUCGAAAAAAUACGUUUGCAUGAACAUUGAGAUGAAGAGAAGGGUCUGCAGGAGUCUGGUUGUAACCGACAUUGUUAAGCCUGAGGUACCAUUCAAUAUAAACAUCACAUACCAAAAGGAGGCAAAUGAAUAUCUUAUUCAUUAUAGUACACCACAUUCGUGGAAGAAAUACUUAAAGGACAAAUUAGUACACCAAAUAGCCUUUCGGCAGGAAGAAGGUACUUGGAAGACAAUAGAGUCAGCAUACCUGCAGGUAAAAUUACUGGGGAAAAACCUGGAAAAUGAUGCAACGUAUGAGGUGAAAGUACGUUCGCACCCCAAUGGAGAUUAUUUUAAGGGCACGUGGAGCGAAUGGAGUGCUUCCAAGAGCUUCAGGACCGCGAGGAAGCAGCAAUCCACAGAGAGUUAUAGCAGUGUGGUCUUGCUUACACUCUCCAUCCUGGGAUUCAUGCUGUCUGUUGUCAUGAUUGUCCUGAUCGGAACUUUUUGGGAAAACAGGAUCAAGCCUGCUGUGUGGCCAAACCUUCCUGAUCACAAAAAGACGCUGGAGCAACUGUGCAAGAAGCCAAAAAAUAAUUUUGAUAUAAGCUUUAACCCAGAGAGUUUUGGUUACGUUCAUAUCCAUAAAGUGGAUGGCAUUCGAGCAAAAGCUGAACUGGAACAUUUCCUGCAGCAACCAACUCCUCCAGAGCCAAGCCUUCCUGAAAAAUUUAGGAGUGGAUCAGACAUGAAGACAAUGCCUGCAAAGACGGACAAAAGCGACCUAAACCCAUCCGUGACUUAUGGAGGAAUCUGGCCAGCUGAAGCCCUGCACAGCCUCCUGGGCACCAGCCAUGCUGCAGCCACCGAAGCAAACCAUGGCUCCAGCACGUACGAGGUGUGCCAAAGCAACAGGGAGUCCCUGUGCAACAAUGGUCCCAGCCUUUCCUCCACUCCUCCCUUGGAUCCCUCUGGCCAGCCUGUAUCAGAGCCCCUCAGUGGUGACACCAUCUCCCAGACACCGCCCACCAGUGAAAUGCAGUCACCAAAUAACGAGGAAGCCUACGUCACCAUGUCCAGCUUCUACAAAAACCAGUAA